GUCCGCAACCCAGACUCAACCUAUGAAGACUUGAUCAAUAAAAUUGAGACCACCGUUCCUCCUUCUGUGCUCAACCGGAAUCGAUUUACAGAGGAUUCUCUCCUUCGACAUGCCCAGUUUGUGGUAGAACAAGUAGAGAGUUAUGAUGAGGCUGGGGACAGUGAUGAGCAGCCCAUUUUUCUGACACCCUGCAUGAGAGACCUGAUCAAGUUGGCUGGGGUCACCCUAGGAAAAAGGCGAGCUGAAAGAUGUCAGACCAUCAGGCAUUCUGCCAAAGAGAAGGACAAAGGCCCCACUAAAGCCACCACUACCAAGCUGGUGUACCAGAUCUUUGACACUUUCUUCGCAGAGCAAAUUGAAAAGGAUGACAAAGAAGACAAGGAGAAUGCCUUCAAAUGGCGGCAGUGUGGCGUCUGUGAGGUUUGUCAACAGCCCGAAUGUGGGCAGUGUAAAGCCUGGAAAGAUAUGGUUAAGUUUGGUGGUAGCGGAUGGAGCAAACAGGCUUGCCAGGAGAGGAGGUGCCUCAAUAUGGCCACGAAGGAGGCAGAUGAUGAUGAAGAAGUCGAUGACAAUAUUCCAGAGAUGCCAUCACCCAAAAAAAUGCACCAGGGUUAGAAAAAGAAACAGAACAAGAAUCAGAUCUCUUGGGUUGGAGAUGCUGUCAAGACUGAUGGGAAGAAGGAUUACUAUAAGAAGGUUUGCAUCGAUUCAGAAACCCUGGAAGUGGGAGACUGUGUCUCUGUUAUUCCAGAUGACUCUUCAAAACUGCUGUAUCUAGCAAGGGUCACUGUGCUGUGGGAAGACAGUAGCAACGGGCAGAUGUUUCAUGCCCACUGGUUCUGUGCUGGGACAGACACAGUCCUUGGAGCCACAUCAGACCCCUUGGAGCUUUUCCUGGUAGAUGAAUGUGAGGACAUGCAGCUGUCAUACAUCCAUAGCAAGGUGAAGGUCAUCUAUAAAGCUCCAUCAGAAAACUGGGCCUUGGAGGGAGGCAUGGAUCCCGAGGCUCUGAUAACAGAGGACGACGGAAAGACCUACUUCUACCAGCUGUGGUAUGAUCAAGACUAUGCGAGAUUUGAGUCCCCUCCGAAAACCCAGCCAACGGAGGAUAACAAGUACAAGUUCUGUGUAAGCUGUGCCUGUCUGGCUGAAUUGAGGCAAAAAGAAAUUCCAAGGGUCCUGGAACAGCUUGAAGACCUGGACAACCAGGUUCUAUACAGCUCAGCCACCAAGAACGGCAUCCAGUAUCGAGUGGGUGAUGGCGUGUACCUCCUCCCCGAGGCCUUCACGUUCAACAUCAAGCUGUCCAGUCCCGUGAAACGCCCACGAAAGGAGCCUGUGGAUGAAGAUCUAUAUCCAGAACACUACCGGAAAUACUCUGAUUACGUCAAAGGCAGUAACCUGGAUGCCCCUGAGCCAUAUCGAAUUGGCCGAAUAAAAGAAAUCUUCUGUACCAAGAAGAGAAAUAGGAGGCCUAAUGAAACCAACAUCAAGAUCAGAAUCAAUCAAUAAUAGAGAAAUCUCAAAAAUUUGGG